GAUACUUACACCAGCAGUUCCUUUUCUCCCAUCGGAUUGUGGUCUGGAAUCAAUUUUCGGGAAUCAACAGUUUACCUUGGAGCCUAUGAUGAAGAAGAAUCUGCAGCCAGAGCAUAUGAUUUAGCUGCACUCAAGUAUUGGGGGGCAUCAACUUUCACGAAUUUUCCGGUUUCAGAUUAUGAGAAAGAGAUUGAGAUAAUGCAGUCGGUGACAAAAGAAGAGUACCUAGCCUGUUUAAGAAGAAAGAGCAGUGGCUUCUCAAGGGGUGUGUCUAAGUACAGGGGAGUAGCAAGGCAUCAUCACAAUGGGAGAUGGGAAGCAAGGAUUGGGAGAGUUUUCGGAAAUAAAUACCUCUACCUUGGCACAUACAGUACACAAGAGGAGGCUGCUCGAGCCUAUGAUAUUGCAGCAAUCGAAUACAGAGGGAUCAAUGCUGUGACCAACUUUGAUUUGAGCACAUAUAUCAGGUGGCUAAAUCCAGCAGCAAACAACCCAGUUGUGCCUCAUGAGUCUCGAGCAAACACAGAGCCUCAAGCAUUGGCAUCCUCCAACUUUGUCCUGAGUGAAGAAUCAGAACCCUUGUUUUUCCACAGCAACUCUUUCACCAUGGAUGAUCUCAACCCUCCUCAUAAACAAGAAGUAUUCCAGACAAAAAUCCCUAUAGAACCAUGCAGCAAGUCUUCCUCUCCCACUGCGCUUGGGUUGCUGCUUCGGUCUUCAAUAUUCAGGGAACUGGUGGAGAAGAAUUCAAAUGCCCCUGAAGAUGAAACUGAUGCAGAAGACACAAAGAACCAACAGCAGGUAGGAAGUGAUGAUGAGUAUGGGAUCUUCUAUGAUGGGAUUGGCGAUAUCCCAUUUGUGUGCCCUUCGAAUGGUGACCGUAAUGAGUUGCAAGAAAGACUUCCACUUCCAUUCACAAUCAGUCAAGGAAAUCCCUAUGGAACAGCAGUAUUAACAAGCAUGCAAUCCAUCAACUAAAACAUGCAGAUGCUUUCAAGAAUCUUCACUGCUUUCUGUUAGAAAUUAUUCAAGUACAGCUUCUCUUCGAAGACAUGAAAGCAAGAUUUUUCCCCACUUUUCCUUCCAGUUAUGUAAAAUAAGCUACUCUCAGUUGUCAACUUGUAAUUGACCCACCUUAGAAUCUUAAUGAUCAUCUAAGAGUUUCUUCUC